GAUAUAACAAAAUUUAAAAACAAAGUAAAGUGUGAUUUUAGUGUAUCUCAAAUAUCCUAAAUUUAAAUAACUAAAUAAAACUCUACAAAUCCGUCUAUUGAUUACAGUUUCCUUAAAAUUUAAAAUGUGUAGUGGGGUUAUGGCUUCCACCAACCUCCAUGUCGUUGUUCAACAAGAGUGGUAAACGUUUUCACAUGUCUACAAUACUUUAAAAGGGUCCUAAGGACACAUGAUGAUGUAGUACCUAUAUAGACAAAGGUUACCAAACAAAAUAACGUGUGUAAAUGCACGUACUGUAUUCCUAAUACUCUACUGCAUUAAGAUUGUAGUUUUAUCUCCACAGACGCAAUUGCGAAACCGUAAGUUUAAAAAUUCCGACAUUAUUGAUGACGGGAACGCAUCACCGUCAAGUGUCUGAGUUUGGUUUAUUCAGCGUCCUCCUCGUUACUAUGGUGAUAUGCCUUGCCCCACACUCGUUGGCAGGUGAAGAUUACUAUUAUGGCCUCGAUGGAUUUACCAGCAACCUAUUACGGCAAAGUUGACAAAAGAAACCCGGUCAUUGUAUCUUUUGAGCGAGACAUUAACUCGUUUAUGACCGUGAUGAAACGAGUGGCGUCGUCGACCUGCCAGGACAACGUCUCUUAUUUUAAAGGGAUUACACUGCUGGCUGAGAUCUGGCGAAACUUCAAACCACGUCUGCCUUUUAAAUUGUACCAGGAGCGCAUGUUACAGAUUGGAGAUUUCCUCACUGGAUUGAAGUUGUACCAGACGGCUCUGUCGCAAGGCUACAGUCUGCACCUGCUUCAGUUCUGCUCAACUAGUAUAAGUGACAUUACAGAUGUUGACCACUUUGUCAACUGCUUUUUUCCAGACGGUUUUGACACAGACCAAGAUGUCUUUAUCAUGAAGGUUCGCUCAAUGCUGGGCUGUGCGCUGUGUAUAUUUGAGUUGGAGAAAAGGCCCAUGGUCCUCAGCCAGAAGGGGCUUUCGAAACUGCUGCAUGUGCUGAACUUUAUCAGGAUAAUGAUGCAGGCUUUUCAGCAGAACAAGCACCUCUGCUGGAUUAUUUAUAAUGGUACGUUGCACAUCUUCAAAAUGUGUAGUUACCUGAUGGCGUUGAAUCAUAGUGCAAAGGCGUUGGAGUACCUUCUGUGGGCGAGCCUCUCUUUAGAGUCAACCAUGCCUGUCAUGACUGUUAAACAUCUGCCAUGGCUUGUGAAACUCUACUGUGCUGUCUGUCACUGUUACUAUGACAACCAAGCUUCCCUACAGGCAGAGGAAUUUGCCCGGAGAGCACUUGGAAAAAUCAAUGACCUUGCAGAGCAGGAGAAGGAUAAGGAGAAUAGUGGUCCUUCAAACAAAGAGACUCAAAGGGCCUUCAGAGAAGCCUCCAUCAAGCUGGCUGCCAUGAUGUUCAAGCGGGCUGUGUUUGAGACCAGGAGGAAACCCAAACACAUGAUUACAAUCAAGAGCAAAACUACUCUAAAGGACUUUCCGAAUAUACCGUGGCCUCGUAAUGCCACAGAGCGAAUGCUGAUGGGCCUCUUUGACAGCAGUGCAGCACAAUUCUUGGGCGUUUGUGAAGCACUGUGGGACAGCUCCAUGCGCCCGCUGCAGGCAAGGCUGCCGGAAGAGCUGGAGCUGCAGGAGGUGGUCCUGGAACUCUUCGCCUCUGGCAUCAGUAUAUUAUCUGGAGUGGCUACGACCUGUGACCAGAAACGUCAAGAACAGUCUUCUGUACCUCUCAGUGCACUGUCCACAACAUCAACUCUGAUGGAAUUAGCUACUGCAGGAGAACACAAAGUGCCUGUCACUACCGCCGUCAGGUUCAUUAAGUUAAUGAUUCAGUACAAGCAACCGGACGCUUUCGCCGAACAUUCACGAUUGAUGCUGCAGAUUUUGACUAUUGUGGAAGGGCCUGCAUUCAGGAAGUCAGAAUACGAGCUCGCCUUGAUAAAUGGUUUCAGCACGCUGAAAUCCUCCCAUAGAAGGCGCCUGAGAGAGGACUUAACUGACAGGUACAGGGGGUCACUCGAUUGCAUCAUUGGCCUGACAGAGACUCUGCAUAAGGCAGUUUGUGAUUCUGUUCCUGAGGCACAGCCAGAUGUAGAACUAGUUUGGGAUGUUUUACUCUUUCUGUGGGGGAAGCUAAAGCUGGUGAUUCUGAUGGAUCAGAUGAAAAACCCAGAAUUCACACAGGACCAUGACAAGUGGGCGUGGUGCCUAUCCAUGCAGUGUGAGGUGGCCUUUGCCUGUGACCUGGCAACAGUUGACUGCAUAAAGACAGCAGAGAUGAUCCACAGCUUGGUCUUAUUGCUCGAGAGUGCGGCUGAUCGCAUUCCACCUAAAGUCAAAGCUGGUAGUGGAAAGAAAUAUUGCUUCACUCUGCUUAAGGGGUCACGUAAAGAGCUUCUUCAGAAGGUGUGCAUGGUAGUUGAGAAGGGUUUUGAGGCUCUGGUCAAGCGUGUGGUCACACUGAUGCCCCAAGAUGGCUCAGCGCCCCCUGACAUUACUUACCUGCUGAGGCAAGAUGGAAACGGAGAGACUGAAAUAACUGAGAAGCAAAAGGAAGAAAUAGAGUCAGAUGUUAAAAGGGAUCGAUCUAAUCAGUCUACACAUACAGCUAUGCUUGCGAUAGACAUUCUUCUUGAACUGGACAUCAUCCACCAUCGGGCAUCUCUCAAGUUAAUGCAGCUAAAUGCAGUGACAGAGUCUGAUCUCUUGGACAAGAUCAAGAAGAACAAAGUGUCCAAAGCACUUUUUCUGAUCCAGAAGGCCUUGCUUUUGUAUGAUGGAACGAAGUCAAAUGAGUCCAGUGUGACCAGGAAUCUACUAGAGGAAGCAUGUGUUUUAAUCGAGAAGGCAGCAAUAGAAGAGAGAAAACUGUACAUCGCCAACAACCCAAAGUUUGCACUUGAAAAUAAAGUCAAAGUAAUGAAGGAAGAAAAGGAAAUCCCUCCACUUCGUCCCGUCCUAAUCUCACGCACUAACCGCUCCUUAACCUUUGCUCCUGCUCCGUACCACAUGAAGGAACAAGUGUGCUGGUACCAACUGUGUGGACGUCCAGCUGAGGGUAUCGACCUGAAAGUCCGCCUCGGAGACUGCAGCCUGGCAGGAACUGGAAAUUUGGUACCAGCAAUAUGUGGUGAGUGGCAGCUGAAGGUGGAGCGGCUGGAACCGAACCAGAAGUAUGUUUUUGCCAUCGCGGCAUACACCUGCCAAGGGAAGUUACUGGGCAACGCCAUUGGCGCGUCGACCUUCCCACUGAUGACUUCCAUGCCGCAGUCAAUGCUUUCGUCGUGGGCUCACUUGGCACAGGUAGCAUAUCAAACCAAACAGUUUGACAUUGCAAAGAGAGCCUGCAAGGAAUUAUGGAGCCAUUUUACCCUUCCUGACAGUGGGCCUGACAGACCACCGGAUAGACUUGCUUCAACAGCGCUCCAUAUGAAGUAUCUGCAAUGCUCGUCUCCACUCCUGUGUCAGCUCUUCCUCACGUCCAUCUUCAUUGAGACGGAUAUCAACAUCCAGCAGCAAUCACUCCUCUGUGACUCGGGCAGCAUUUGUGGACUCUUUGUCUGGAAACAGGAAGCCAGACUAGCUGAAUGUGAACGAUUGCUGGUAGCCAUGGACUUGGCUAUGUGGCUAAAUGACAGCAGUUCCGCUGUUCAAACUGUUGGAAGCUGUUAUGGCCUCUUGGUUCCAUUUAUCUUCCAUCAGAUCCCUUGCGAUCCAGCAAUAAAGUUGUUGUCCAAAUGCUUAAAUGUACUCAAAGAGAACGAAGCUCAUCUCAAACAAAAAUGGCCCAGAAACACAGUGGAAAGUCUUAUGCACAUGAUUGCCUGCAUCACCAACUAUCUCUCCAAGGCAUUGCGUGGACUGAAGGAGGAUCAGAAGGCCUCUGCGGUGAUAGACUGUGGUCGUGCUCUUCUCCAAGACGUCUUUGAUGCCCAAGAGCGGCUUAAUAGACUUGCUCGCAAACGUGUGUCGUCAAAGACAGAGGAUCCUGCUGCAGGAAAGGAAGAAAUGAAAAAAUAUGUUCAACUGAAGGUACUGUAUGGAAAGUUCAAGGAGGUCAUCACAGCUGAUGCAGAUCCCAACAAAGUCAAAGAGAGUUCCCCCUCACUGAGUGGUUCUGAGAAUUCUGCCACACUGCGUGAGAGGAUCUUCACUAGCAAGCUACAGCAUGCUUAUCGAAUCAUGAUGCAGCUUGGCAACCAUUCAAAUUUCUUGGAGAUUUCAGCAUUAUUACUUCAGAGAGCCUUGGAAGAAGGACACCUAGAUCUUGUGUUACAAUGGGGUCAAACCAUAUUUGGAUUUCUUGCCAGGAGAGAUGACGAAAUGAUUAUGUCUGCCAAAUGUUUGGAGAGAAACACUUUGUGUGAUAAAGAAACUAAUAAGUCCACUGCGACAGAAGGUCAAUCAUCACAGAAGACAACAAAAAAGUCUCCAAAGAAACGGAAGAAACUUAGACGUGGUGCCAUUCUGACAGCGAGAACUGUCAGAGAGUUGAAGGCUGUAGAGCGUCUGCUGAGUUCAAUGAAUACUGUUGUGGAACGGCACUCGAGGCGGCUUCAGCUGAGAAGGAGGUGCUCAGAGGAGAGAGUGUGGAGGUCUCAGAUCAAUUACAGCAUCGCUCAGGCACAUCUUUCAUUAUUCGAAAAGGAUCUUCACCCAUUGCAUGAAGGAUCCCUGCAAUCCAGAUACAGCCACUUGAAGCCCUCGAUCUUCUUUCUGGCCAACUCUGGUGUCCUUGUGAAGAGGAACUUACAGGAACAGCAAGCCACCAUAUGCGAAGUUAGUUCAGAGAGAGACUCGUCACACUCUGAUCUGUCCGAUGAUGCUUCCAGCAAAGACUGUGAGAAAAAUGAGGAUAGUUCUGACAGUGACGAAAGUUGUGAGGAGGCAGAACGCCACCCUCAAAAGCCUGAGCUGCUGAAAAACAUGCCGUUGGACUCACUGGAGAAAGCUGCUUUACAUCUACGCAGGGCCAUGGUAUUAGCCCACCGCGGAGGUCACUGGACGAAUUUGCAGAAAGUCUGUCACACUGUGUGGGAAGAAAGCAACAGAAUUAUUGCAUUAGAACAGACAGCUUCUCAGCUUCAACCUCCCUUCCUGGUUACAUCAGAUGAGUUGCACAACACCUUCACCCCUCUAUUAGUGCUUGCAACAGAUCUUAUCAUGGACAUGCUAAGCAGACUGGGACUGUGGCGUUUGUACGACAGCGUGACUGAGGAGGAACAAGAGUUCAGUCUCUGUUUCUCAGCACCACUGGAUGACUGCACCCAAGUGGACAUGCGUUUUGUCCACAAUUUGGUGUUGCGCACUCUGGAGCUGCUCCAUGACAAUGGCAAAUGGGAACGCCUGGCACAUUUUGCCUUAAUUUUCAACUCAUACACCCGUGAACGAUACGCCUUGACAGUUACUCCCCUCUUGGCCCUCGCCCAGAGGAAGCUCCUUGAAAGGAUUCGGACUAAUGGAGGUUCAAAAGUCCCACAACCACACCAUGUCAAGACUCGGUGGGCCACUGGAAAGGAGGUAACAUACAAGAGUUAUGCAGGGUGCCACCUGUUCAGUGGGUGGGUUCCUCAGUCUACCCACCAGUCAUCAAGCUCCGUAGUGAAGAUCACGCCGACUGAAGAAACUGAGCUCAUAGAUGCAGAAAUGAAGCGCUCCCAGCUCCUUGUGUGUGUUCCUCUAGAUGUGGCGAACACAUUGCACUUUUACCGUCAAGCCGUUGAAAGAAUACCGCAUUGUCUCCAAGUGUUCCGCUAUUGCCGAUCAUUACUGCUCCUGCUACUGGCUCAUACGCAACCGGGUUUUGAAACUGAGCAGUGCUGUGAGAUCACAUCAGACCUGAUUGACUUCAAUCCCAUACUUAUGACCACACCAAACAUCCAGCCUUGGGACCUGAUUAAUAAAGACUACGUCACUCCGGACACUCUCUACAAUCUCCCCGUCAGCCCUGACUGCAUGCCCAGAAUCAUCUCUACGUACUUUGCAUCCACAGAAUAUCUCCAGACCAACAACCAAGAAUUCCUCAGUGUAUUUGCUCUGCAUGAAAUGGGAAACCUGCAUUUCUAUGACUUAAACACACGAAUGGCACAUUCUUGCUGGAGUAAAGCUGUAGAUGCUGCCUUACACAGCACAGCGGUGAUCGAUAAAUGGGAUUGGGUAUCAUUUGGGGGUGGCACUCUGCAACAAACGCUGAGACAGGCUGGCAUUUGGGGAUGUCUCCAGGCAGCUGUGAUCACUGCUAAAAUUGCACAGUAUAUUCUAACUUCAGAUAUCAGCCAAAGGACCAAGUGCUGUCUCUUGUCAGCUCACCUUUUUAAGUGUGUGCUGUGCUGCUCCCUGGCUCACCCCCUGGAUGACCUCCAGUAUGCUUCAUACAGCAUCAGUGAUAAACUACUCCCCGGGGUCGACCUUUUCUCAGAACCCCACAGGGCCGACCUCAGCGCCACUGUCGCCAGCCUGAACUUCGUCUGCCAAUGGCUGUUCAUCGCAGGCUACUACAUUGCGCUUCUACCCACGCUGGCACUUCAUCAGCAUCUUGUGGGGACAGUGUGCAGAGACGUUCAACGCAAUGUUGAAAGCAGAAUACUUAAGGUACGUGCUCUCACUGAACUCCACUUCUUCUCUGAGGCCAUAAAGGAAACAGAGCGGCUCUCAAGAGGGGCAGGGAUUCUUCUCCCUAAUGGACGCUACAUCACUCAUGAGUCUCGCCAAUCAGAACAGUUGUUUUGUAACAACAAGUCCCUCCUGGACAAUGUUCAGGCUUUGGAGGAACUUGUGAGCUGUGAGCUUUCUCCAGAGGUCAGCAUGCUUUAUGGAUCCACAUUGAGCCUCCGAUUUAACCUUGCACGUGUUCAACUCACCCUGGCCCUCAGUAGCACUGUAAAUGGCCCGUCUGAGCCAGUGCCAGAUGAUGUAGUGAACCCAGAAGAACAUGAACAAGUCCCAAUGGACUCUGAAGUCUUGGACCAAGAAGAGGAAAAGCCAAAAGUGAGGGGAUUUGCUUCCCAGCAGACCCUCACGCUCGAAAAGAUCAAGUACCUGCUACUAGAAGCAGCUACCCUCUUUUUGGACUCCAUAUUAGAGAAACUCCCAUGUCCCUCCUACAGUGAAAUUGAGAACAUGGAAUUGAAAAUAGAGUCAAAUCUUCUCAAGGCCAACCUCUACCUGCAGCAAGGACAUGUUGCACAAAGUUCUGAAAUGGCAGUUUCAUCAUUGGCGCUAUUGCAGGACUUUAAAGAAGCCAUACCAGAUUAUAAGAAACCAACCUCUGAGUUCCCGCUUACUGAAACUGAAACUGAAACUGAACAGGGAACUGAACACUGCACACAUCAUGGAGACUGCCCCGGAGCAGUUGAGGCCAGUGAGAGGGUCGGAGGUGCUCUGUGGCUACGUUGCCGCAUGGCGCUGCUCCGUUGCGUUCUUGUACAGGCCGCCGAUGUCACUGUUCCUAAUCCAGGUAAGCUUCAUGACAAGGCAGCUCAGGUGUUAAAGCAGAGCUUGGAGGACUGUGCUCAAUUAGGAGAUGUCGACACUCAAGCCCUUUUGUUGGUUGAAGGUUCACAAUUAAAAUCACGAAGAAGGAGGGGAGAUGACGGCUUGUCAUUAUUGCAGGAAGCCGUGAGCCUACUGUCAGGACGCACUCGCAUGCCACCGGGAUCCAGCAUGACUCUAAUUAGAGCCACUUUGCGUCUUAGCAGCCUAAAAAGCACACAGAGUGGCAAACUUCGAAAUCUGACUCAUAAACUUUUGCAAAAACAGCUGUGUGAGUUUGGUGAGAAUGUUUUGUUGGAUGAUGGAAACAUUUCUAUUUCUCCUCCUGGGCCCAGAAACAUUUACCUCCCUUACCUGCCAAUGUUAGAUCAAACAACUUAGCAAAAAAGUUGGUCAUUUAUGACGGUGUGCCAUUCCUAUGGUGGCGAAGGCAAGAUCCAAGACCUGGACAAACACAAGAACCCCACAGCAGGCCCCACAGCCCGCAGGGAACCGCCCGGCUCCCCCAUGGGAAGAGGAAGAGGCGACCGCAAGGAACGGAGAGAAGAGGAGGAAGCAGGCCCGAGGAGCAACAGGGAGGCCCCACCAGCAGCCGGAGUGGGGGACCCAGGUGGGCACCAGCCAGCACCGCCCCAGCACCCACAGAACAUGGGCGAGUCACCAUCACACCACCAAUAUUCACCAGGAGGUCGCCCUAGCGGUUCCCCGCCACCCCCGAGAUCAGGAAGGAGUGAAAAAAGUCCCACCCCCACAGACCCCGGAGCAGCAAACACAGGGACAAGAGGAGAAUAUCCCCACACCAUGCAUGUGUCUUUUCACAAUGCAAACCGAUCUAAAAUGUGUGAAAAUAAAAAUACAAAUAAAAAUAAAUAUAAUAAUAAUAAAACAACAACAACCUCGACAACAAAGAAUAUAGAAUUCCAUUGUUUACUUUAUGAAAAUAGUCUUGCUAUUGUCAAAUGUCAAAUGGCACCCUACUCAGGCAAAGGAAUCAAGAGUCUAGAUUUAGCAUGUUGAGGAAAGGUGACCAGGUAUCUACGUAUAUGUGUAAUUUAUUUUUUUGUUCUGCUGAUAUUUUUUCUAACGCAAUAUAUUCUUUGAUGAGAUUUAGCCACUGAUUGAUGUUAAUAGCUUUUUUGUUUUUCCAGUUUAAUAGAAUUGUUUUCUUAGCGGUAGCUAACGUGACAAGUAAUGAUUGUGAAUAUUUAUUAGGGAGGUCAAUUGUGCUUAAAUCGCCAAGUAUGCACAAUCUUGGGGAACGUGGAAUUAAAAUAUACGAGAGUUCUUGUAUAACCGAAGACCAAAGGCAUUGAAUUGGUAUACAUUCCCAUAUAGCAUGAAAAUAGGUGUCUGGGGUACUUUUGGUGCAUUGCACGCAUAUAUUAGAUGGAGAGAAGCCCAUUUUAUGCAUAGUAUACUAAGUAAAGUGUGUUCUAUGGAGCACUUUAUAUUGUAUAAGCUGUAGAUUUGUGUUUUUGUCAUUCUAAACAUAUUGUUACAAAUCUGUAUCCAGUAGCUACGGUCAGCAGACAUGGAGAGGUCUUCUUCCCCGUUUGGUGAUUAGUAAGUGCAUUGAUUUAGUACAUGAAAUUAAUUUAUAAACUUUUGAGAGAUUUCUUUUACUUUGCGGGAGAAGCUUCAUUAUUUGCUUGACAAACUCUGGCAGUUCGAGGGUGCUCUGGAGUAAACUUACGAGAGAUUUCUUUUACUUUGCGGGAGAAAUUUCAUUAUUUGCUUGACAAACUCCGGCAGUUCGAGGGUGCACUGGAGUGUUGGUAUUCUUUUUUUUUAUUGCUGCUUUUAAAUUAUUGUAUUGAAGAAGGUUUCCGGCUGUUAUUUGGAAUUCUUGGAACAAUUCAUCACGUGUCCUAAAAACAUUAUUGUUAAAUAGUUGUUGUAGGUGUUUAAUUCCAUGUUGUUCCCAUGUACUAAAAUGAAGGGGUAUAUUAUUAAUUUCGAAAUCUGGAUUAUGCCAAAUUGGGGAGAGCAUACUGGGAGCUAAUUGAGAUCCUGUUGAUUCUAAACUU